UUUUUUUUCAAAUCGCAUUCUUUCGAUUUCUAAUUAUUUGCUCCUUUUCUUUUUUUUUUUUCUUUGCCGGCAUCAACCUAGAGAACUACAAAGCGGCCGCCUUCAACCGACCCGCCAAACCGAGCCAAAAAUCUCAAAGCGCGGGACAAUCGUUAAGCUUUCUGGCCUAUAUUCAAUCGAUCCAGUGCUGAAAUACAUACAAAAAAUGGGUCACAACAAGCCCCGGCGGUUUAAAACGCAUCACUCUCAUCGGGGUCAGUCAAGCCGAACCCAUCAAUUCCAAAUGGAAGAUGAUUCUCUCCCACCUGAUCAGCCUCCUGAAGAGGACCCAAAUGUUCCUAAAAUUCAACUUGCCAUGUGGGAUUUUGGACAGUGUGAUGCAAAAAGGUGCACUGGGCGUAAACUUGCGAGAUUCGGGAUGUUGAAAGACUUGCGUGUGAAUAGUGGUUUUGGGGGCAUUGUUUUAAGUCCUGUUGGUAGUCAAUGUGUCUCAAAAGAAGAUUACGACUUAAUGAAGAGGAAAGGAUUAGCUGUUGUGGAUUGCUCAUGGGCACGCCUGAGUGAUGUACCCUUCGUGAAGCUGCGGUGUGGUGCUCCUCGCUUGUUGCCGUGGCUAGUGGCUGCAAACCCAGUAAAUUAUGGUCGACCAUGUCAGCUAUCAUGUGUAGAAGCUUUAUCUGCAGCUUUACUGAUAUGUGGGGAAGAGGAAACUGCAAAUUUGUUGUUAGGCAAAUUCAAAUGGGGUCAUGCCUUCCUGUCCCUCAACAGGGAACUUUUGAAGGCAUAUUCUGAAUGUGAAAAUAGUGGUGAUAUCAUUUCAGUCCAAAAUUCUUGGCUUUCCCAACAAAGUCAGGUUCCAAAGGUUCUGCCAGAUGCAGAAGACGUCAGUGAAGAUGAGCGUUCUUCCAAUGAUUCUGAAGAUGGGCUUCCUCCUCUUGAAAGGAAUAUGAACCAUUUGAGUUUGCAGGAAAGUGAUGAUGAAAGUGAGUAGGUAGGAUCCUGCAAUAAUUUCAAUCACAUGAGGAGAUGCGAUGAAGCAAGGGGCAACAACAAUGGAAUGUGGAGUCACAAGUAAGCACUAGGAGAGAAUGCCAUCUUGAUAACUUUAUUUUCAUGUAACAUACUGCUUAUGCCUUAAAUAUUAGUAAGUUUUAGAUUUACUUGAGUCCAUUGUACGAGGGAAAUGUACUCCAGGGCCCUUUUCUGAUAUGCUGCAGUUUUGUUACCCUGA